AUGAAGGACCUGUUGAUGGUCGACGCCGUGGACGAGGCCCACGUGGUGGACGAGCUCGUGACGCGCUACCGCCAGGGCUACGUCUACACGUUCCUCGGGCCCGUGCUGAUCGCCAUGAACCCGUACAAGCUGCUGCGCCAGCCCAACGGCGACUCCAUCUACGCGCGCAACAUGAUCGACGAGUUCCAGGGCAAGGAGCUGCACCUGUGCGAGCCGCACCCGUUCGCGCUGGCCGAGAACGCGUACACGAGCCUCAUGCGCUUCGGCCUGGACCAGAGCCUGCUCAUCACGGGCGAGUCGGGCAGUGGCAAGACCGAGACGUCCAAGCACGUGAUGCGCUACCUCACCACCAUCAGCACGCGCUCCAGGGCCAAGAGCGCCGUGAUCGCCAACCGCCGCAUGUCCGUCGCGCAGCGCAAGGAGGCGGACGACAUGACGAGCCACGUCACGGACGUGCUCUGGGGCAGCAACCCCGUGCUCGAGGCCUUCGGCAACGCGCAGACCAUCCGCAACAACAACAGCAGUCGCUUCGGCAAGUACAUCGUGCUGCAGAUGAACCGCGUGGGCCAGGUCAUCGGCGGCUACAUCGACAACUACCUGCUGGAGCGCAGCCGCGUGAUUCGCCAGGCCGAGGGCGAGCGCAACUUCCACGCCUUCUACCAGCUCAUGUCCGGCGCUACGGCCGCCGAGCGCGAGGCCUGGCAGCUGCCUGAGAGCGCCGAGGAGUUCGACGUGCUGGGCAACGAGGAUGCCACCAUCGAGGGCGUGGACGACGCUGAGAACUACAAGAACGUGCGCCAAAACAUGACGGCGGUGGGCAUCACGGACGACGAGCAGGCCGACAUCUUCAAGCAGCUCGCCGCCAUCCUCUGGCUUGGCAACGUGCAGUUCGAGCAGACGACUGACGAGGCGCACAACCCGCGCGCCGCGAUCGAGAGCCCGGAGGCCCGCGAGGCUCUGGCUAAGGCAGCGAGCCUCAUGGGAAUCGACAAGGACAAGCUCGAGGCCCUGCUGACGUUCCGCAUCGUGAACAUUUACAACGAGGACCAGAAGGUGCUGUUCGACGCCCGCCAGGCCAAGAAGGUGUGCGACUCGAUCAUGCGCUCGCUGUACGAGAAGAUCUUCGACUGGAUUGUGGCGCGCAUCAACACGAACGUGACGUGCAAGAAGCGCGACAUCAGCAACAGCAUCGGCAUCUUGGAUAUCUACGGCUUUGAGAUCUUCGAGGUCAACGCCUUCGAGCAGCUUUGCAUCAACUACGUGAACGAGAAGCUCCAGCAGCUAUUCAUCAGUCAGACGCUCGAGAGCGAGCAGGAGGGCUACCGUCGCGAGGGUCUGAGCUGGCAGAACAUCAAGUUCUUCAACAACCAGGUUGUGUGCGACCUGAUUGAGGACCCCAAGCAGCACGGUAUUUUCCCGCUGCUGGACGAGCAGUGCGCCAUUGCGCGUCUAUCGGACCUGGAGCUGAUUGAGCGCUACAACAGCGAGCACUCGAGAAACCCGCACUACAUUGCGUCCCGCGUGCGUGGCCCCACCUUCGGCAUUGUGCACUACGCCGGGAAGGUCGAGUACGACGUCACGCUGUUCUUCGAUGCCAACGUGGACACGUUCUUCAACGACCUGCAGGACGGCAUGGAGCACUCGUCGAAUGCUUUCGUGCGCGAGGUUUUCCUCGACAAGCGCACCAAGCAGCAGAAACUCAAGCGCCCGCCGUCGACUUCGCAGCAGUUCCGUACGCAGGUCGCCGACUUGCUCGAGAAGCUGGAUGGUUGCAACCCCCACUACAUCCGUUGUAUCAAGCCCAAUGAGAAGAAGCAGCCGCUGGCCGUGAGCAAGGAGCUCGUUGCCGAGCAGGUUCGUUACCUUGGUCUGGUGGAGAACCUGAGCGUGCGUCGCCAGGGCUUCUGCUACAGCCAGCCAUACGGCCCGUUCAUCAAGCGCUACAGCUUCCUGUCGGCGUCCACGUGGCCGAACCCCGUUGCCCACUCGAGCCGCAAGGCUGCCGUUGACCUGCUUACGACGGCUGGGAUUGGUGUGCGUGACCCGGACAACAAGAACGAGCUGAUUCCGUUCCAAGAGGACUCGGACACGCUUGGAUGCUUUUGCCUUGGUCGUAACAAGAUUUUCCUGCGCCACCCGCAGGCGCUGUCAGCUCUGGAGAUUCUGCGCGAAGAGCGUAUUCCCGUGAUCGUCAACAUUAUCGAGAACGCUUGGCGCCGCUACAAGAACCGCAUUGCACUUCGUGCGUUCUCGGCUGCAUCCAAGCAGCUCUUCACUGCGUAUGGUGCCGUGUGGAAAAACUGCCAGGAUCGUCGCAAGCGCGUGCCUGGUGCUGCGAACAAGGAGAACGUCGCUAAGAUUUACGCCAACUGGGAUGUGGUUUCUACCAAGCUGCUGAACGUCAACAACAGCCGCCUGGUGAAGAACCUCAAGCAGGAGGAGGAGCUGAACUCGGUGGUCUUUAUGCAGAGCUUCGUUCAAGCGCGCACCGAGCGCCGCAAGUUUCUGGAGCUCAAGCGAGCGCAAAUAGUGUUCAGCAAGCACUUCCGCGGUCUCAAGACGCGCAAGCAGCUUGCGAACGACAUGUGGAGAUCGUGCAAGGUCGCCCUGCUUGGCGUUCGCACCGAGUUUGAGCGCUACCUGGGCAAGAAGAAGCGCCGCCGUGACUCGCUGGACCGUACGUACCACGGCGAUUAUAUCGGCGUGAACAAGUUCCCCGCGUACGCCUCCAUUAUCCAGGCUCAUACGGAAGGCCGUGGUGCCAAGGCUGGCAGUGGCCGUGGCCAGAAGGAAAAGCUGCUGUUCUUGGGCACGGUGGAGAAGGUGAACGAGCGCUGGGCCCACCAGACCCGUGUGCUCAUGAUCAGCGAGAGCCGUGUCUUCAACCUGAAGGCUGACAAGAUCCAGCAGCCCAAGGAGCGCCGUGUGUUCGAGUUGGCUCGCCUUACGGGCCUGGCCAUGAGCACUCAGCCGGACAACUACCUCAUCUUCCGCGUGAAGGGCGAGAUCGACCUGAUGGUGCAGGUUUCCCAGAAGACGGAAGUUGUGCAGGCUCUCCGCGCUCGUAUCCAGAAGGCGUACGGACGUGAGCUUCCCGUCGAGUUCUCGGACGAGUUGGACUUUUACGCCGCGAAGGGCAAGCAGCUCAAGGUCAAGUUCGCGUUCGAUCGAUCGAUGAAGGACUCGGAGUGGAGCAAGGUGGACCGCCACACGAUGCUUGUCAAGGUUGGCAUCAUCUAAACCGCUGACAAGUAAUGGAGGAAAUGGUGGCGAUAAAAUCGCAAUCCUCGGGUGAAAAGCGCCUGAGACCAAAAGAGAAAGAAAAACAGUUUACUCGAACAUGUGCAGGAAGUUCGUGAACUCAUGCCACGAUGAGGUGGUGUCGGCGUAGCGUAGCAGACCCAGCAUACAGACAAACAAUUAACGCUUCGUUUGCUUGUU